AUGAAUGAAUGAAUGAAUGAAUGAAUGAAUCAAUGAAUGAAUCAAUGAAUGAAUGAUCACUCGUAUGUAUCAUUGUAUGAGGAUAUUCUCAUCAUGUGCCCUUGGGAGUAAUGUGAAACAGGCAUGUCAUUCAUAUUCCAUCAUUCACUCUUCCCUCUUCACCAUCGUCAGCUGCGGUUGUUCCAUUAGAUACGUUCCUAGCUAUUCCAAGGUUUACCGUAAUCUCGAGUCAAUCUUUGUAUCUUCGUAUCUAUACCAACCAUAUCUAUAAUCAAUCGAUAUUCAAUCGAUAUUCAACCCGCCCUCUGCUCAUAAAACCACACCUCUCACCUGCAAGUCACCGUACAGUACAGUAUCAUAAUCUAGGCAAGAAGUGUGAUUCACAAUCAAUCCCUCACCGCUUACGCUACUUAGCCACCUGCACUUAGGCAGGCUUUAUAGCCUUUAAUAAUACCUUAUUAGUCUCCCUCUCCAUUACAACUCCCUCCCUACCUCCUCCCUCGCACUACCUUUCCCCUCCAUCAUCCAUCCAUCCUCCAUUACAUCAACAACACAACACAACACAACACUUCCAAUAUCAACACUUCCAAUAUCAACACUUUCAACAACCAUCCAACAACUCUUAACCAACAAAUCAUCCAAUAACCUAUUUCAAAAUGCGAUCCAAGUUUAAGGACGAGCACCCAUUCGAGAAGCGCAAGGCUGAAGCUGAACGCAUCCGUCAAAAAUACUCCGACCGUAUCCCCGUAAUCUGCGAGAAGGUCGAGAAGUCCGACAUUGCCACUAUCGACAAGAAGAAGUAUCUCGUGCCCAGCGAUCUCACCGUCGGUCAAUUUGUGUACGUUAUUCGCAAACGUAUCAAGCUUUCCCCGGAAAAGGCCAUCUUCAUUUUCGUCGAUGAGGUCUUACCGCCUACUGCCGCUCUGAUGAGCUCCAUUUACGAGGAGCAUAAGGAUGAGGAUGGAUUCCUAUACAUUUCAUACUCGGGCGAAAACACCUUCGGUGAAGCUUUAGAAGAAGCCAACUAAAUCCCGCUUCCUUAGAAACUUCAGUACAACUCAUCAUAGGCGUUUAUAAGGCGAGGCGGUGAUGGAUAGGCAGGGCAGUGUGACUACGUUACAACCUGGGGCAGUUUUUCUUUUUUACUCGUCAACUUCCAAGUUUUCCCCCUCAAAUACCUUGGGAGCGUACCAACCAACCAUUUCUCACCUACCUCUUCGAUCAUCCUAAGCGCCCUCUCUUAGGGUUCGCAGCAAAGGAGAUCAGCAAGAAAAGACUGAUUAUCUGUAUAUGGGAUGAUGGAACAGCUGUGUAUGCUCUUGGGAAGUGGAAAUUUCGGACUUCGAUGUUGUGAAUUAUUCAUAGGGGUUGUUAUCCUUUCCUUGUUUUCAUGCUUUUAGUGGGAGGGGUUUAUUGGGAAUAGGGACAAUAUGAUACGAUGCUUUCUGCCAACACAUGCAUGGUUUCACAAUGUGCUAAGUACACGUGAAGUCGUUGGAUUCGUGAUUUACUGUCU